UUUAUAAUAAUCAACAUUUCUCAUGAAAUGGUCAAAUAAUGUUUAACCAUAUUAAUAUGAAGUUAUUUUAAUCAGUUUUUAAAUUUCAAUUUAACCAGAAAUUGUUGAAAGCUAGGAACCAGAAAAAGGAUAAAAGUAAAACCAUCGAAACCAAGUUCACAGAAUCAUCUCUUCCAUCAUUCAUUGUGAUUAGAUUAACAAAUUAUUUAAUUUGCAGGGUUAAAGAUGCAAAUCAAUUGUUUGCAGAUUGUUUUAAUCUUAAUUGUGAUGUGUUCAAAUGUUUCAGGUCAACGUAAAUCAUGUCCUGUGACAAUAGCUGAAGCUGAUACUUGUGCUCGUAAAUUAAUGUUUGAAGGAGAUCGAACUCGAUUUGUGCCAAGAAAUAAUGAACAAAUGGAUGAACAUUGCAGUAUGAUGACAGAACAUAUAAAAUGUAUUGAAAGGCAUUCAAGAUGUUACAAGCCAUUUGCUAAGCAAGUCUUUGGUACUGCAUUAUUUCAUCUCAAAAAAGCCCAUAAAAGACGUUGUUUAACUCCAGAGGGUCGUCAAGAGUUCCUAUUCCACAUGGGAUGCAUUAAAGAUGAAAAGGCUUCAGAACCAGCGCAUCAAUGUUCAGACAAAUGGAGUAUUAUGAUUCAAACAAUUUCUUCCAAUUUCUCAUCUAAUCAGCAUUUUCCUGCUUUCUGUUGCUCUUUCCAUCUAUUCCGAGAGUGUUUAUUAACUCGAGUCAAUGAUUUAUGUAAAAAUACAACUGGACCCGGAACAGCUAAAUAUAUUGAAGGAAGUAUUUCCGAUGCUGUCGCUGAUUUUAUGGACCUUGCUUGUAAUAAACACGCAAACAAGGAACAAUGUGCAACUAAUUUACCUAGAGGAUUCGCUCGGCUCCAAAAGAUCUUCAACAAGGAUAUUCCACCUCAGAAUACAUCACCGUUAUUCCAUUUUCUUCAAUUUGCUAUCAAAUAUGAUCAAUAAUUGUUCAUAAUCAAUGUUUUUUUACCAUUCACCACUCGUUCAACUAUUAGUUUUAUUAAUUGAAAGUCAAUUCAAUUUAAUUUUUUGUUUCUAUUUUCGCAAUGUUUUGACUCUUAAUCAAUAAAAUUCAAUUUCAUUUUAUCAUCAA